ACCACUUUGCUCACAGGUUGUCAUCACUUCCCUUUGGUGUUUGGCGAUGUUUGCCCACCUUCCUCAUCCCCCCCGACUCUGAUUGUCUUACCAGUAAUCCAAACCUUCUAAUUUCCAGUCCCCCCCGCGCGUGGGUGUCUACGAUGUCAGCAGCCGAGCACCAACAACCCGGUUUGGAGGUGGCUCCAUCCUACAGUCAAGGCUAUCCAGGUUUGGAGGUGGAUGCAUUUCAACAUCAAAAUUAUCCGGGUCUCGAGGUCGCACCAGAUCAAAACCACUACUCGACAACUCCAAUUCCUGUACACUAUGGGGGAGAGAAAUCGCAGCAUGACCUGACGUCGACAGCGGUAGCCGAUCCAAGUUCAGCACCAAAGAAAUCACACAAUCGGUUAUGGUGGAUCAUUGGCGGUGUGGUCGUUGUUGCGGUCAUCAUUGGCGCCGUUGUGGGAGGGGUGGUGGGAAGCAGAAACUCACACAAAGGCUCCUCCUCAUCUUCAUCCUCAUCUUCAUCCCCUUCAUCCCCGCCGAAUAACUCCUCAAGCCCCAGCGGCCACAACGAGACGGUGAAGGCCAUCCAACCAGGCUCAAGCCUCGCCGUGACAGGCUUCCGUGGCAACGGCGACUUCAGUAUACGGCUGUUCUACCAGGGCCGCGACAAUGUGUUGCGCUUCUCCGACUACGCGAGCGUGUCCGACAAGUGGGCACCACCGGUAAAGCUGGAUGACCUGGCACCGAAGGCUAAGACACCCUUGGCAGCCGGCACCUGGCUACACGUUGUGCCUCCCCAACUGUAUCUCUACUACGUCGACGGAAGCUCUAUACUCCGCGGCCAGCAAUUCCGGUCCGGUAUCACACCCGCAACGGGCGAUUCAGCGGACAUCAACGACUUUCCGAUGCGUAUCGACAGCACAUCACGGCUCACCGGGUACCACCCUCACGUUCUUGCGCAGAAUAGAGACGGGGAAAUGAAGUGGAUACAUUGGAUCGGUGAGGAUCAAUAUGAAAACUACACGCUGGGGGACGCUGUAGGGUCGUCUGGCUCAGGCAUGGCGCUGGUGUCGGCGGCGACGAAGUUCUUUGACUCUGGAGCGUUUCUGUACCGCAACGCGGCUGGGUACUUGAGCACCUAUAUCGGGAGUACGAACGGGACUCUUCAGGAUGACUGGGCGUGGUCUCAAGGAGAGCCGCUCUCUGGCAAGAGCAUUCCGGCCGACACAUCGAUUGCUGCCUUUGUGUAUAGCCGAAGAUACAACCUUGUCAACACCUACAGCCUGUACCAAGAUGAGGACGGGUUGCUGCAGGUUAUCUGGCAGGACGACGAGUCUGGCUGGAAGGGGCCGCAGACAUAUGAUGCCCUGGCUGGUGCGGACAAAGGCACAAACAUCGCUUGCGUGACCCAGGCUGCAUGGGACCAGAACAAGGUUGCUAUCAGCACGGCGACAGAUAUGAACCGAUGCUAUUUCCAGAGCGGCGGGAAGGUGAAGGAGGUGUUGUUCGAUGGGAAGAACUGGAACGACUUGGGAUUUCUUCCUAUAGAUUAAUUAAUAAUUAAUAGAUCAAUAAUGAUACUAUUAACUGAA